AUGGCUUCGCCUACUGAGGAAACCAUCAAACAAGAGCCAUUAUUAUCUAGUUCAUCAGGUUCUGAACAGUCUACAACAAUAAAACAAGAAUAUAGUGUUACAAAGAAACAAGAAGAUGAAAUAUUUGAACAAUUUCAUUCGGAAGUUAAAGCAAUUGAAAAACGUGAUUCUGUUUUAACACCUGAACAACAAAUUAAUCGACUUCUUCGUCCCGGUGCCACAUAUUUUAAUCUCAAUCCAUAUGAAGUACUUCAAGUCGAUCCAUCAACACCGUUUGAAGAUAUUGCGAAACAAUAUCGACGUUUAUCAAUGCUUGUUCAUCCAGAUAAAAAUCCAACGAUGACUGAUCGAGCUUCGCUUGCUUUUGAAGCAAUUAACAAAGCAUAUAAAAUGCUUGAAGAUGAAAAAGAACGUAAAAAAUGUCUUGAAGUUGUUGAAGAAGCUCGAGAACGUGUGGACAAAAUGAUUCAAGAAAAACGACUCAAAUAUAAAAAUCAACCAAUUGAAGAAGAUACUACUGAAGGAUAUAAAAAAUCUCUUUGGUCAGUAACAUGCAAAUUGUUUGCUGAUAUUGAACGGUUACGUGUUCGAGAAGAAGCAAACAAAGCUGAAGAACGAAAACGAAAAGCAGAUGAAACAACUGACCGUGAAGAAAGAACGAAGUUACGAAAAGAAUGGGAUAAAAAUUAUGAAGAAAGUCGUGAAACACGUGUUAAUAGUUGGAAAUCAUUUCAAACAGUUGCCAAAUCAAAAGAUUCGGUUAAAGGCAAGGCACCGACGUUAUUUAAACCACCAAAAUAUAAACCAGAAGCUCGAUGA